AUGAACCAAAAGUGCCCUGAUCUGGGGAUCGAUUGCGUAAACGCGUGCGAGUGUGAGCGAUCCGCCCUCUAUAUCGAUUGCGCGGGUACCCAUUGCUGGAACCAGGUGAGAAACCAAAUUAUCAAAUGGUCUGAACACAAGCUUACAAACGCCUCGCAGGUCUACUCCUGUGAAUACCAAGACACUGUCAUGGACUUUGUGUCAUCAUGUACCAAUCCCAAUCGCGAAGGGCUACCAUACUGGCCAGUACCCGAUGAUGCCCCUGGCUCUUGCUCUUGCAACCUUGGCAAGAUUGAUCUCAAGGAGUCACAGAUCUCAGACCACAUCACCCAAUGCGCCAAUAACGAGACGAACCUUGCUCAGUUUUCAGAAGUUGAGGACAUAAACAACUAUGGCAAAGCUUGCCUCUGCUGCGCCUACAGUGGUAUCAUUUCUGCGUAUAUUGGACUCCCAUAUCUCCAUGGCAAUCUGUCUUUACAAUAUCACGUACAUCAGUUGCUAACCUGGUUUACCAGUAUUUGGGACACCUGCCCGGACACUAAGCCCUCGCUGCUGAGUGCAGACGAGUGGUUCAACCAACUCUUGAUUCCAGGUGACUGGGACGAGUGUGGACCGUAUUUGGAAGCCUACGACUGCGCUGGUGACUUAGGCUAUGGUCGCCCAGAGAAUGGUGGCAUCAGUAAAUUCUGGAGCCCAAGCAGCAUGCCGACAAACGGCACUAAAACCGUUUCAAAUAUUGCAGGCGUCAUCUCUAGCCCGGUCAGCGGUGACACUUUUACUUGGACCUUUGGCAGGACGACCAAUGCACUAGGAGCGACUACCAGUCCUGUAAUUCAUACUGUGACCGUGUCUUCUGCCAAUGCGGUUGUGACUGACACCAAGGCCAAGGCCACCGGUGACAGUGGAAGUACUGCUACCAGUACUUCGAGCGGUUCAGCAGCGAGUGAAACAAAGCCAGGCAUGGGGUCUGCCCUCGAGGUUCCCCGGUGGACCACAAGUUGUAUUAUUGUGGCUUUGGUUAUCUCCGCUUUGUGA